AUGAGUUUAGACAAACAAUCAAGACAAUAUGAAGUAAUCCUAGAAAUAGGAUGUGCUUAUACAAAAGUUGGAUUUUCUUUAGAUACUCAACCUAAGAAGGUGAUAAAAUUGAAUUUUGAGAAGCUACCUUAGAAAUCUCGAUUAUCAUAUGAAUUAUCAGUGGAGGAGAAAUUUUAUUAGAUAUUUAAUGUUGAUAUGGUAUGUAAUUUAAAAGGAAGAUCGGUGGCUUUAAUUUAUAACUAUUAUAAUAAUGAAGAUAUGUAUAAUAUAAUAGCAUAUGUGUUAUUUUAUAAAUUUGAGGUAGCAAAGAUUGCAUUUUUAAUUGGGAAUGUGUUACCAUUAUAUUUAACAGGACAUUUUUCAGGUUUUGUAAUAGAUUUAGGAUAUAAUUGUUCAACUGUUAGUGCUGUGUAUGAUGGUUAUUCUCUAUUACAUUAGACUGGUUAUAUAGGUGAAGGAGGUAGAGAAUCAGCUAAAAGAAUUUAAUAAUUAUUACCUGAUUAUUCUUGGGAGUAAUUAGAAGAUAUAGCUAUUAAAUAUGCUAAAGUAUUAAAUCCAGGUGAUUUAGAUGAUAAACAAAAAAUUAAAUUAAGACAUAAAGAAAUUUCAGAAUUUGAAUUGGCUAAAUGCUAUACAGAAACUUACUUUGGAAAUUAUAAAGAAGAAGAAUCAAACAUUGCAUUUGGAUUUUUAAAGAUUGUAUCUUAAAUGAAAGAUAGAGAUAUAAUUACUAAGAUGGCAUAGAAUAUUGUAAUUACAGGAGGAGCUAGGAGAAUUCCUAAUUUAUUAAUGAGAUUUAAGAAUGAAUUACUCUCAUUAUUAGAAACAGAAUUUUCAUCUAUUAGAAAUAUCAAAUUCUAUAUAACAAAUUUAAUUGCAUAGCAUUCUACUUGGGUAGGUGGUGCAUUAAUUGUUUAAAUUGGUGGUUAUGAUAAAUUUAUUGUAACUAAUUCUAAAUUUAGAGAAAAUGGUAAUCUAUUUUGUACAAGAUCAGAUGCUUAUAAUUUUAUUUCAAUUAAACCAUGAG